UGAACGUUUCGUGUGUGAUGUUACUGCUUGAAGCGUUGUCUAUUGUUGAAGUGCUCUUCGGCAGUUUUAAAGCUUUGUCACUAAGUAUGGCUGUAGUCAACAACAUUGAUUGAAAGCCUCCUACUGUGCAGCUGUGCCCGCAGACUGAUCGCAUCCAUUACUUUUCUUUCUCGAGAGCACGAGUGUCGCCAGUAGACUUGUUGCAACAUCAUCGCUCGUAUUCACGUUGGUCAAACGUUAUUUACUCAGCAGUAAAGGAAGAAUGUUUGUCACAGUGCAGUUUGGCGAAGGUCACUCGGAAAUAUUUAAUACAAACUGCAGGGUCAUAAAUUUCAUCCACUGCUUAAAGGAGCGAUGCAGUCUGGAUACUGAAGAGUGUGUGGACCUAGUGGAUAAGACAGGGGAACUGGUGAACUUGAGUGACAGGGAGCAAUCUGCGGAGAGGGCAAACUAUCUAAUGAGGGACAGGCAUACCUACAUACUCAUUCGGGUAAUCAGGGGCGAUGGAACCGAGGGCCAUAAAUACGAACCUCUUCUGAGAGACCUGGGGAAGAACUACCCAGAGUUAGCAGAUCUUCUGAAGAAGCUGUCAAACCCCCACAAGGAGAAGGACAAGAAGAACCCCUCGAGGAGGGGGUUGCCCCAGAGGGACACCCCAACAAAUCAUACGCCGAGGAGCAAGCGUGCCACGAGUCCUAGGAAGAGCAGUACUGUCACACUCAGGAACUGACAAGCCUAUGAGAUCUACAGAGAGAGGAACUGCAAGCUUGAGGUUACUACUGCGGCACUGUCAGAGAUCCCCUUUAAGGCAGAAACAUCCUCAAUGUGCUCUGUUGACAAACUCACUGCCACAACUGAUACUCUAAAGGAGAGUUGGUUUUAAUAAAUCAUUUUUCAUUUCUUAAUUUAUUUGAUCUUUUUCUCUUUCUAAUUCUUUCACUCACAAAGUAAAUUUCAGAUCCCCAUCCUGUCCAUGGUGUCUUGGCACCAAUGGGCCUUUGUGGGAACUCUGAUUCGCUAUGUAGGCACUAUGUAUGCUUUGUGAGCGAACUGCAACAGUGUGUUUCAACUGAUUGUCUCUAUUAAACACAGUAAAUUAAUUAACAUGAAUAGAACAGGUGUUAUGUGCCUUCUCUCUUCCCCUGGCCUUGGUUGAAUUAUUGGUUGCAUAUAAAAUAUUUUUUUCUAUAUACACACAGUAAAUACAUAAAUUAUGUAUCUACAUACAACUUAAAAAUACAACCACUUGGUUCAAGAAUUUGUGGUGUUAAUAGGAUAUGGUGAUCUAUUUGGAAAUAAAAGCAGUAUUAUUAUUUCUUUUUAUGCAGAAGUCUUGGAACAUUUAUUGAUAUUUAUGGCAAUGGGUUUGUGGUUUUUUCUCUCUCAUUGGACUUCUCAAUAAACGUACUGAAGCUGAA